AUGGGGGAGCCGCCGCGGCGGCCGCGGGAGCUGUUCCUGGCAGGGUUGGCCGGUAAGCGGCCCGGCGGCUGCCUCCGGGGCGUGAGCCGAGGGAUUCUCCUUCCCCGGCUGUAUGGACGUGAUGGGAUCCUGCCAGCUCGCCGGGUGCUGCGUCUGAGCGGGAAGGGGCUGUGGGAACAGCUGCGUGAUGUCCCCACGCUGCUGUGGCUCGGCCCACACCUGGGGCUGGACACGGAGCAGGGCAUGGAGCUGCUGUGCCUGCUGGGUGCCGUCGCCUCGAUGGGUGCCUUGCUCUGCGCCCCGCUGCGUGACUGCCUGCUGUUUGCUGUGCUGCGGGUGUUCUACCUCUCCCUCUACCAGGUAGGACAGGUCUUCCUCUACUUCCAGUGGUAAGCCUCCUGCUUGGAAGCAGGCUUCCUGGCCGUGCUCGUGGCCCCUCUGCUGCUCAAGUGGCGUUCCACAGCCUGGCGUCCACACGACAGCGUCACCUUCUGGUUGGUGCGCUGGCUGCUCUUCCGCCUCAUGUUUGCCUCUGGCGUGAUGAAGCUGACCAGCCGCUGCCCCACCUGGUGGGGGCUCACAGCUCUCACCUAUCACUACGAGACGCAGUGCAUCCCCACGCCAGCUGCCUGGUAUGCCCACCAGCUGCCCGUGUGGUUCCAGAAGUUCAGCGUGGUGGCCACCUAUGUCAUUGAGAUCGCCGUCCCUCUGCUCUUCUUCAUGCCCAUCCGUCGCCUCCGGCUCUUCGCCUUCUACUGCCAGGUCCUGCUGCAGAUCCUUAUCAUCCUCACGGGCAACUACAACUUCUUCAACGCUCUCACCAUUGUCCUGGCCUUCUCCCUGCUGGAUGAGGAGCACGUGGGGCGCUGGAUGGGGCGCGGCAAGAGGAAGCAUGGCAGCUCCUGGCCCCCUACUUUCCUCUCCUUCCUCUCCACCAUGCUGGAACUGAUCACCUACGCCUCGCUGCUCUACUGGAGCGUCCACUACUUCAGCCUGGAGAUCGACUGGGAGAAGAAGCUGCUGGAAUCCAAAGUGGCCUUCACCUACCACGAGUUCACGCAGUGGCUACGAGCUGGUCGCUUGCCCCUGGUGGGGCUGGGCUUCCUCUCACUCUCCUGGGAAAUCCUCUCUGCUCUGUACCGGUGUGCCUGCGUCCGUGGCUUCUUCUGGAAGCUGUGGGCCACACUGCAGUGGGCCAUCUUCGCCACAGCUACCAUGGGGAUGUUUGCCAUCAGCUUGGUUCCCUUCACCUACAUUGACUACGAAUCCAAUGGCAAGCUGUGGCCUGGCAUCCACCAAAUGUUCAGUGCAGUCGAGCGCUUCCAGGUGGUGAAUUCCUACGGGCUCUUCCGCAGGAUGACGGGCGUCGGGGGGCGGCCUGAGGUGGUGCUGGAGGGCAGCUAUGACAAGCAGAGCUGGACGGAGAUCGAGUUCAUGUACAAACCUGGGAAUGUCAGUGCAGCUCGCGUGGUGGCUCCCCACCAGCCUCGCCUCGACUGGCAGAUGUGGUUUGCAGCCCUGGCGCACCACAGCAGCAGCCCCUGGUUUGCCAGCUUCGUUCACCGCCUGCUGCAGGGCAAGGAGGACGUGAUCCGCCUGGUGCAGGUCGAUGAGGAUAAAUACCCCUUCAGCGCUCAGCCGCCCGUCUACCUCCGCGCCCAGCUCUACAAGUACUGGUUCACCCACAGCGCCGAGAGCGGGGUGGGAGCUGCACGGUGGUGGCGGCGGCAGCACGUCCAGGAAUUCUUCCCCACUGUCUCACUGGGAGACCCAACGCUGGAUGGUCUGCUUGCCCAGCACGGGCUGAAGGACAAGCUGCCCCUGAGGCGCCCCGUGGAUGCGUUCCUGCCCUGGCUCUUGAGCUCCGUGCGCCGGCUCAGCCGCCCCUUCUCCCCCCACGUCGUGCUGUGGUCCCUCUACCUGGUGGCUGCCACUGCCUGCCUGCUGCGUGCCAUGGCCCGCCGGCCCGGGGGGCGCACCCCCACCCGCCACAAAGCAUCCAAACAGCAGCGGGGGGAUCAGGGCGAGAAGAACGGGCAGCUGCGCAGGAAGGAGGGCAGGGAGGCGGAGGAGAAGGGUGAGGGCCGAACCCGGGGGGCGGCUGAUGGUGAAGGCCCCCGUGGCACCAAGAGGAGGAAGUAGAGGUGCUGGGUGCCCCGUAUUCCACGCACGCUUCCCCCUCUGGAUCCCCACCUCCUGCUCCCCCUCCCCCAGCUCCAUCCCCAUGGGGGGGGGUGGUCCUCGCUGGGGCUGGCGUGCCGCCUUUCCUGCGGUGCCUUCAUGCACAGAUGGGUCAGUGCAGUGUGUGGGCUGCUUCCUUGCCCCCAUCCCCCAGCUGGGGCUGACCCUGUGCCCCCCCCAGUUGGCUAGGCUGUGGGGUGGGGGCUGUGCUAGGUCUCAGCUGCCUUGUGCUGGGGUGGGGGGGAGUUGGGGGGUUGUUCU